AUGGAAGAAACACAGAAGCUGUGGAGCUGCAAAGAAAAAGGAAUCUUUCAAUAUCUAAUCCUGCUGUUUGUUUGGAAAGCAGUUGCUGGGCAGAUUCGCUAUUCCAUUCCUGAAGAGAUGCAGAAAGGCUCUUUUGUGGGGAAUAUCGCAGAGGACCUGGGAAUGGAUGGAAAACAUCUUCCAGACCAUGACCUGCGGAUAGUUACUAGAACAGGUAUGGUUCAGUAUUUUUCUUUAAACAUCCACAAUGGUCAUUUACAGACCUCUGAGAGAAUAGACAGAGAGGCAAUUUGUGGACAGACAGAGAAAUGCAUCUUAAAUUUUCAGGUUAUUGUUGAGAGUAAAAGAAAACUGUAUGGAGUUGAAGUGGAAAUUACAGAUAUAAAUGACAAUGCUCCUCAGUUCCCUCCUGGGGAACAAGAACUGAAAAUCAAUGAAAUAUCUACCCAAGGGUCCCGGUUUCCUCUCCCUGAAGCUCAAGAUCAAGAUCUUGGAAUUAAUUCUGUGCAGAGUUACCAGCUCACAGGCAGCAGCCAUUUUUCUCUGGAUGUGAAAAUGGGAGAAAAUGGUGCCAGGCAUGUGGAGUUGGUAUUAGAAAAAAUUCUCGACAGGGAAGAGCAAUCAAUGUAUGAACUAAUCCUCACAGCUACUGAUGGAGGUGAUCCAGUUAGGACUGGCACUGCUCAAAUCAAAAUCAUUGUUUCAGAUGCGAAUGACAAUGCGCCAGUCUUCAGUCAGCCACUCUAUGCAGUGAGCAUUGAGGAGAAUAUUCCUAUAGGGUCCACAAUUUGUAGAGUUAGAGCUGUUGAUCUGGAUGAAGGAAUCAAUGGAGAGCUGAAAUACUCCUUCAAAAAAGCCACCAAGAAGGACUCACUAAUGUUUUUUCUAAACUCAACAACUGGUAUAAUAACAGUCAUGGGGGACAUUGACUUUGAGGUAUCAUCCUUUUAUGAAUUGGAGGUGCAUGCUGAGGACUAUGGAGGACUGUUUGACAGAGCAAAAGUUGAGAUCACAGUAACAGAUCUGAAUGAUAAUGCCCCUGAAUUAGCAGUUUCCUUUCACACAAACUCCAUCAAUGAGAACUCACCCACUGGAACUGUUGUUGCUAUUUUAAAUGUAGAAGAUCAAGAUUCAGGAAUUAAUGGUGAAGUCACAUGUUUAAUUUCCCAAAAUCUCCCUUUUCAGCUGAAAAAAUCUAUUGGUAACUUCUACAGUUUGGUGACAGUUGAUGCCCUUGACAGGGAACAGAUGGAAGCAUACAACAUUACGAUCACAGCCAAAGACCAUGGGACACCCUCCCUUUCUACUACCGUAAUCAUUCCACUACAAAUUUUAGACACAAAUGACAAUCCUCCCCUCUUCCCCCAAUCAUCCUAUAUCUUCUACCUCAUGGAGAAUAACCAAAGAGGUGCUUCUGUCUUCUCACUCAAGGCAGAUGAUCCAGAUUCGGAAGAGAACUCCAGGAUAAAGUAUUCCAUUAUAAAAGGUCAGAUGGGUGAUUUUGCCCUCUCUUCCUUCCUGUCCAUUAAUUCUGAAACUGGAAUUAUUUAUGCUGUGAGUUCUUUUGAUUACGAAGAGUUCCGAGAAAUUAACUUCCUGGUCCGGGCACAAGAUGGUGGAUCUCCAUCACUCAGCUCCAAUAUUUCAGUGACUCUCUUCAUUCUGGAUCAGAAUGACAAUGCCCCAGAAAUUUUGUACCCUUCCCCUCCCACUGAUGGUUCCACUGGGAUAGAGCUGGCCCCUCGCUCCUCUGAGCCUGGCUACCUGGUCACUAAGGUGGUGGCAGUAGAUGCAGACUCUGGCCAGAAUGGAUGGCUCUCCUAUCAGCUACUCAAGGCCACAGAGCCAGGGCUCUUCUCCAUAGGACUCCACACUGGAGAGAUCAGGACGGCCCGUUUCUUUCUGGACAAGGAUGCUCUCAAGCAAAGCCUGGUGGUUUUAGUGAAGGACAAUGGGCAGUCCCCUCUGUCUGCCUCAGUCACGGUCACUGUGGUGCUGGCCGACAGCAUCCCUGAAAGCCUCUCUGAUAUUAGUAGCAUCUCAGCUCCUGCAGACCCCCAGUCGGACCUUACCUUCUACCUGGUGGUUGCUGUGGCUUUUGUCUCCUGCUUGUUCUUCACCUUCCUCCUUGUGUUGCUUGCCAUCAGGUUGCACAGGUGGAGAACUUCACAGUUGUGUGAUUCUAGAAAUGUGAAUUUCAGUGGUGUUCCUGUCUCACAGUUCGUGGGGAUUGAUGGAGUCCGAUCAUUUCUUCACUCUUAUUGCCAAGAGGUUUCUCUCACCACGGACUCUAGGAAAAGCCAGUUCAAUAUUUCCAAGGCAAAUUAUUCCAACAAUCCAACAGACCACUUGACUGGUGAAAUAAAAGAUCCUAUCCUAGCUGGUGAAGAUUUCAAUUUAACCAGUGGAGAUCAGAUCAUACUCCAGGUGAGCUAG